CAAUAAAAUCACAGAUGACAGCACUGACAGCAGUCGUGAAACAGCAGUAGUAGGAAAGAAAAAUUAGUUUUAUAAAAGUUAAAAUUACUAAUUGCCAACAAUGUAAUGUCAAUUAAAAUUAAAACAAUAAUUUAUAAUAUACCCUAAAAACGUCGAGUGUGUAAGAAGCAAAGUGUUUAAGCCGACAGAAAAUAAGUAACUUAAAAUCGACAACAACGACGGUGAAGAAGAAGACCUCAUUUCAAGGAGGAAGCGAAGUCCAAAAAUCCAAGGUGUCGCUAAAUUUUCAAUUCACAGUCAUUCUAAUUAUUAUCACCAUACGUAGAUGUGCACUCUAGUGUAGUAACUUUAGUGUUUCUUAAAAAAAAAAAACAAAUUCUGUUUUUCAAUACAAAAUUAUGGCCGGCAGAAUGCGUAACACAACAAAAGUUGAGGCACUUAUUGAGAGCUGCCGAAGUGAAGGGAAAUGGCAACGAGUUAUCGAGCUGACGGAGGAGCUCAAAACAGGUUCGCCAAAUAAUGAAUGCCUUGCGAAUUUCCUAAUUGGUGAGGCGAAACUUGAAAACUACCUCGAAGAAAAUGCUCCCAUCGAAAGUAAUUUUGCCAAAGCCAAAAGUGGACUGCAGGACGCACGUCGCUGUUUACAUCUAGUAACGGGGGAAAGUGGCCAGAAGGCAGGCAUAGCUUUGGAUGCAUAUUUGCUUUUGGCAAAGCUCUGCUACGCUUGCGGCGAAUAUGAGAAAAGUUUAGAAAACUUUGUUAAAGCCGAGCUAAAUACCUUAGCUGAAAAAGAAUUGACGCUACGUAGCCUGAAAAUAUUAGCUGAAUCAUAUGCCAUUAAAGGGUUGUGCUUGGAAAACCAAACCAGUAAACCGACGUCAAAAUUCAAAAAGGCCGAAAAGGAAGCCGAAAUGAUUACUUGCUUCGAGCGUGCCACAGACUUAGGACUACUAUACCUUCAAGAACAGGAUAUUGCGUCAUAUUCAUCUGCGACCAAUAGCGCAGCCAAUGCCGGGUCGAUGCUAGCAAUAAAUUCCACUAGUAAUAUGGGUGGACUGCAAUCCUCGCUAGGAGGUAGUAGCUUAACUAUAAGCACCACUAUACCUGCCAAUCCUUUGGAACUUAAGCGACAUAUGGGCGCAAUUCUCGAAACUGCAUUGCAACGCGCGCCAAUUGUACUUAUCAAGGCGGGCAAAUUGCAGGAGGCAAUCGAACGCUACCGCACCAUGUUGAAUGCCAUUGAAACUAAAACGACACAGUCAUUGCGCCUAACAUUAGCGCGACAAUUGGCUGAGGUACUGCUUCGCGGUGUCUCGGGGACCAUUUAUACAGCACCCUUCACGAAAAAGCCCACUGGGCAGGCACUUCGUUCCACCACAACGAAACGUUUGUGGAAACCGCGUAAAUAUGCAGCACGUAAUCAGUUUACACCACGUAAUCAUCACGAGGAAACACUAUUACUACUACUCAUAUCAGAAGCAUUAGCGGUGCGUGACACAGUGCUCUCACAGAGUCCUGAAUUUCGUGUGGCGCGUCAACAUGCUAUGGGUAACGCUUCGGCAGUAUAUGAUCUGCUAACACUUGCAACCGUGCGCUGGGGCUUGGUGAAUAUGUUGCAGGAGUCCUUUGAGAAGGCAUUAAAAUUUUCCUUCGGCGAACAGCAUGUAUGGCGGCAAUAUGGUAUAAGUCUAAUGGCCGCCGGGAAGCAUGCGCACGCACUACGUGUGCUACAAGAAUCCAUCAAAUUGACGCCAAGUGAUCCAUUACCCUGCUUGAUGGCAGCGCGUUUGUGCUACGAAUCUUUAGCGUUGAUCAAAGAGGGGCUCGACUUUGCGCAUCAGGCACUUAAGCGCGAAACCAAAGGUAUACGACCAACGCGGAGUCAACUUUUCGUCGGUAUUGGUUACCAGCAAUUGGCGAUACUGACAACCCUUAAAUCCGAGCGUGAUUCCUACAAUAAGCUGGCAUUAGAGUCACUUGAGAAGGCUGUACAAAACGAUGACAACGAUCAUCUAUGCGAAUACUAUCUUUCAUUGCAGUAUGCAUUACUUGGUAAUAUCGCGGAGGCGCUCACACAUGUACGCUUUGCGUUAGCAUUGCGCACUGAACAUGCACCCAGUUUGCAUUUAUUCGCUUUAUUAUUGACCGCAUCGCGUCGGCCACGUGAAGCGCUGGCUGUUGUGGAAGAUGCGCUGGACGAAUUUCCAGAUAACUUGAAUUUACUGCAUGUAAAAGCCCACCUGCAAUUGCAUUUACAAGACGCCGAAUUAUCGCUGGUAUCGGUGCAAAAGAUGCUGGCCAUUUGGCGUGAAUUGUACGAGGGACAAGUGAGUGUGGAGGAGGAGAAGCAUUCCGAUACCAGAAGUAUUGUGGUGCACAUGAAUCCAACAGCAGUGUCAUCGCAAAUGUCAGAUAAGGAUUCAAAUUCUGUGUAUGCGGCUUCUUUGGCGGCAGUUUCGCGUGUUGAACAAGCUUUAAGUGAAGCAGCCAGCUCACUGAGUUCUUUUACACCACGUCCGGGACCGCAGCGGCCAUGGAUGAUACAGAUUAAGAUUUGGCUGCUGCUCGCCGAUGCAUAUUUGAACAUCGAACAGCCGCAUGAAGCAUUGAAUUGCAUACAAGAGGCAUCACAAAUCUAUCCGCUCUCACAUCAAAUUAUGUUUAUGCGCGGUCAAAUUUACUUAUAUCUAGAGCAGUGGAACGAUGCGAAACAGUGUUUCCUUAACGCCGUUUCGGCCAAUCCAAAUCACACAGAGGCAUUACGCGCGCUCGGCGAAACACAUCACGUGCUUGGCGAACCACGCCUGGCGGAGAAGAUGCUGAAGGAUGCCGCGCGCUUGGAUCCCAACUGCCCAAAAAUAUGGUUCAGUUUGGGCAAAGUUAUGGAGACACUGGGAGAUUACACUGCCUCUGCUGAUUGUAUGGCGACUGCAUUGCAGUUGGAGCCUACAUGUCCCGUACUUCCAUUUACCUCAAUACCAUUGACCUUCGAUUGAGUGCGACAAAUGAUGCAAUGUAUGCGAUUUAUAUUAUUUAUAAUGUUGGCAAAUUGUGCAGUGAUUUAGCGGCACCCUAUAUUCAUUAGUAAUUAAAUCGUACAUAUAACAAUGCAGUUCAUUAAACACUUACGUAGUAUGUAUAAUGUUAACGUAAAUAUUUACUUUAACUUACU